AUGCGCACCAUAUUCAUUUUAUUGGGAUUCUUUCAUAUUUGGGUAACUCUCAAACUAACUUACAAUGAAGCAAUUGUAUUCAAGUUCACUAAUGCGGUUUGUGAGAGCUACAAUGAAUCCUGGUUCGUCUAUCACAAAUGUCGCCUAAAGGCUGUGAGUAGAAAUAAAACGACCUUGAACCUGAACGGAACGGUUCUGCAUCCUGCCUAUGACAUUGGUCUUCAUGCUCAAAUUUUUAAGAAGGCCAACGGAUAUAAGCCAUGGGUGGUUAAGGCUGAGCUUGAUAUCUGUCGGUUUGUCAAAAGGGCAUACAAUCCAGUUGCCAAAAUAGUUUUCAAUCUCUUCAAGGAGUUCAGCAACUUUAAUCACUCCUGUCCUUAUGUGGGUCCACAAAUUGUUAAUGGAUUUUAUCUAAGAUCGAAUUAUCUGCCGCACACUAUACCAACUGGAGAUUAUUUGUUAUCAAUGACGUGGCUUUUUGAUAAAAGACCGCAAUUCUCGACUAAAGUUUACUUUAUUUUUACAGAGGAUUUGUAAAAAGCAUCAAAAUAAAUAUAAUUUUAGGUAUUUU